UAUCAGUAAGCACUAUUACGCUCUGCGCGCUCUGUUACGCUUUGUCUAGAACGUUUCUGGGACUAUUCAGUGAUCGCAUUGUUCAUCUGCUCCUGUUACAUCUAUUUCGGGAAAAUAUAGAUUCCAGAGGUAUAAUUUCAAACUGUAGAUUGAAAUUCAACCAUCAGCAACUUAGACAAUGUCUCAGAAAACAGAGGAAGCAACCAGCUCGCACAGCCUCUUCUCUGAGGUCCUGGAUGCGCUGAACGAUUGUACCGUACUAAACGAUCGUGAUGCAAAUGAAAAAAGGUUGAUAGCCGAGUACACGAACUUCAAGCCUGCAAGAAGCAUGGAAUUGCUCCUCGAGCGAUUUUCCUCUGGAGGAGAGGGUCAGUCUUCGACAGUUUUCAUUGAGGAAAUGAAAACUUUGUUAUCUUGGAACGAUACCUUGAAAAAUUGGCGAAGCAAUUGGGAAACGGAAGAAGCUAAAAGAAAGGAGCGAAGAAAGCUCUUUAGAAAAACUAAAGGUUUGACAAUUCCUAAACAAGUGGCAGAUCUUGAGGAAAAGUAUGGUAUACAAGAAUCAGGCACCGCAACCGAAGUAAUAACAUACUCACGACUGCGAUUUUUAUUUCCGAAUUUAAUAGGCUUGACGUCAAGAGGAUAUUACGGUGAGAAGAAUUUCAUUCCUCAAAUGUUCGGCGCCCCUGAAUUCGGGGGGUUAAUACCGUCUAAAGAUUUCAGAGGCAAACAUGCAAUUAUUUCCCUGCACCUCUACUGCUUGAGACUCGUGGAUCCAAAAACAUCUCUGAGGCUCCAUCAUCUACUCCUGAAAAAGUUAAUUUACGAAGGACUGCUUUCAGAUCAGAAAAGGCUUCGUUUUCUUGUAGCGCAAGGAGUGGCACAUCCAGAUGGCAAUAUGACCGACGGUUUUUGGGAUAUAUAUGGACAUCUGUUCGAACUCUACCGUAAAAUAGAUGACGAUAUCCUUCAAGUUGAAAAAAUAAAUGGAUUCAGUCUGUCUCAAAACUACAAAACAACGGGUGAUCGUCUUGUUUUAAACUUAGUGACGUUUAGAAAAGUUAGACAAUUUAUAAAUUAAAGAGAAUAUACAUUCGUAAGAGUU